AUUAAGAGAGGUUUUGAGUUUAGUGGUUUGAAGACAGAUAAAACUAGGUUUAUUGCCAGUUGUUCACAUAAGGGCUGCCCUUGGCGUAUACAUGCUUCAAGGCUGCAAGAUAACACAACAAUAUAGAUAAAGGUUCUUCCAUUUGAGCACAAUUGUCCCACAACUAAGCUGAAGGAAGGGAGGAUGGCUACUCAAGGGUGGGUUGCAGAUAGGCUGGGGGACUGGUUAAAGAAGAAUCCACAGAAGGGUGCAAAGGAUGCAAAAGAGAAGCUUGAAGAACAGUAUGAGAUCAAGUUGAAGUAUUCAAAAGUUUGGGCUGGAAUGAAGCUGGCACUUGAAAAUAUUCAUGGUACUUAUGAGGAGAGCUUCCAAUUAUUAUUUAACUGGGCAGCAGAGAUGGAGAGGGUCUCCCCAGGUUCUCUUAUUGAAAUUGAAGUGCAGAAAGUAAGUAAAAAAAUGUGCUUCAAGAGAAUUUUUGUUGCUUUGCAACCCUGUGUUCAUGGAUUUUUAGAAGGGUGUAGACCCUACAUAGGAGUAGAUUCAACUAUGCUCACUGGUAAAUACACUGGACAAUUGGCCUCUGCCACCUCUGUAGAUGGUCACAACUGGUUAUUCUAUGUAGCUUUUGCUAUAUUUGAUUCUGAAACAGAAGACAACUGGACUUGGUUCAUGCAACUAUUGCAUAGAGCUAUAGGCAAUCGUCCAGGUUUAGUCAUUUCAACUGAUGCUUGUAAAGGAUUGGAAAGUGCUGUUGAUGCUGCCUUCCCUGAAGCUGAGCAUAGAGAGUGCAUGAGGCACCUCUAUGGCAAUUUCAUGAAGAAAUAUCGAGGACCUAUUUUUACUCAACACUUAUAUCCAGCUGCAAGGUUUUACACUGAAGAUGGAUUUAGGUGGCACAUGCAGCAAAUAGUUGAGACAAGCCCAGAUGCUAUAGGCUGGCUUGAGAAACAUCAUGGAAGAAUAUGGUACAGAUGUGGGUUCUCAGAAGAAAGCAAAUGUGACUACCUGACAAACAAUGUUUCUGAGAGUUUCAAUAAGCAGAUCAAGCCAAUGAAGGCUCUGCUUCUUCAUGAGCUAGUAGAUGGACUGAGGGAGUUGAUAAUGGAGAAGAUGGCCCUCAGGAGGAAUAUAGGAAGACUAAUGGAGGAUGGGAUCUUGCCAAAUGUGAUCAAGGAUUUGAAUAAAGCAAGCAAUAGCCUAAGAGUUGUCAAGAUUGCUAGAGGUGAUGAUGACUUUGCAGAAGUCACACUUGUUCAUGCUGACAAUAUCACCAGGAGGCAUACAGUGGACCUGCAAAACCAUAGAUGCUCAUGCAGGCAGUGGCAAAUCACAGGCAAACCUUGCAACCAUGCCUUAGCUUGGAUCUGUGCCAAUAGAGGUAAAAUAGAAGAUUAUGUCCAUGAUUACUACUCUGUGCAGAGGUUCAAGGCAACAUAUGUUGCCAUGGUACCCCCAAUGACAGAUAGGUCCCAGUGGCCUAUUGUGGACCUUGGUUACAAAGUGUUUCCACCAAAGCAGAAGAGAGGUGCAGGGAAGCCUAGAGUUCAGAGAAUAAGAGGUGUUCUUGAACCAGGAAGAAGAACUGUUAAGUGUAAGAGAUGUGGAGACUUUGGACACUUUGAGAAGACAUGCAAGCUACCUGAGGCAUCUGGUGUGGAGAGCAAUGGGGAGCAUGUAGGCCCAAGUCAAUCAACACCAAGGAAGAGGAAAAAAAAGGCUUCCACUGGGGAGGGUGAGAACCAGAUGACCAAUAAGCAGAAGAGGACACCCAAGAAGAAGAGGAAAACACCAAAAAAGAAGAAGGCUAAACCAAGUGCACCAACUGCUAGUGUUGUCAAAAAGCUCUCGGAGUGGUUGAAGACCUGAUGCAUGUAGUUCUGGACAUGUAAUAUGUAGUUGCUAGUUCUGGACAUGAGGUGUUAAGCUACUUCUGGACAUGAUGUGUUAAGCUAGUUCUGGACAUGAUGCAUGUAAUAUGUAGUUGUUGUUAUGCUA